CGGCAUCCCGCGCGCGCUGUCACCCCACGCCGCCACCUCACUACGCCGCGCUGCCGCACCCACGCCGCGGCCACCCACCUCGCCGCAUGUUGUCCCCGCCACCGGAUCCGCCCCGCCAGGGACUCCGCCGGCCCCGGCGCUCUACCUCGCCGCUUGCCCUCCGCUGCCAUGCGACCCCUCCUGGCUACCAACACUGUGCCGCCACGCCGCGCCGCCACCCCACCCCUAGGUGAGCAACCGAUGGCGCAUUUCCACCAUGAGCACAUAACAAUAAUUAACGAACGAGAAGUCAGGUACUAUAGUGAUCACUUUGCCGGCCUGUUAGUACUUGCCAACAUAGCUCCAUCUCCUGCAAUUCCUGCAGAUGCCCCCAUUGACAUUGAUAUUGGUGAACUACAUGAUGCCCUACUAAACAGCACUGGGGUUAACCUUCCGAUACACAAUAUCGCACGUUUUCUUCAUAGUUAUGUGCUUGUAGCCCAUACAAAAGAAGAAGGCACGACCAUCUUGGAUGUACCACUCAUCCAUGUUGGGGACUAUGACCUUGCGAUCACCCCAUGGACGUCCACUUAUGGUUCCCACAGAAUGGACGUGGAUGACAUUUUACCACCCCUGCCCCUGACACCAACUAGACACCCACGUUCACCAGAAAAUCUCCAAGCACUCGGUCUUGUCAUAUCUGGAACGCCACCGCAUCUUUUUGCCAUGUACUGGAUGUUAUUACCUAGAAUCUUCACGAACAUAUGUCAAUUUCACGACGUCUAUGAGGACAGAAGUGAUUACUCACUCAGGGCGAACACAUUCGCUCCACCGGGUGCUAUACCAAGGGUUGCAUAUGUGGCCAUCCGCAAACAAGUGGCAGGUCGUAACGUAUUGUAUAUGUGGGCACUUUGGAUUCAAGUAAUUCCAUAUCCACCGAGUCACCCAGUUGCAUUCCAAUACAACGAGGACGGUAAACACAAUUACAACAGAAUCUUGCUCUGUUUAUGUUACACUAUUCCAUCUAACAAUUGUCACUCUUACUACAGUGCCGAGUGUCUGAUACACAGUAUACCCACGACCCCGAGCACGCCGGGCUACGGGGCCUUCUGGACAUGGAGGUGGACAAGGAGGACGUCGUCUGCAAUUAUGUCUCUUGAAUGAAUCAUCCGACGAUUCGGAACAAGGUUCGCCUCGAGUCGAACGGGAAAUGAUAUCCACCACUCCAUCGGAGUCAACAUUGGAUGAAACCCUAGGUGUUUCCACAUCCGACGACGACGAAGAAGUUUCCAGCGACUACAAAGGUUCCACCCCAAUAGAUUCCACAGAAGGGAUUCCACGACUACGUGCCCAUCCUCAGUCUUGCCCAACGGAGCCUCGACGUACAACGCCCUGCGUACCUAUCCAUUCAGCCCAUCGGAGCAUCCCCGUCGCCGCCGUUAGUUGCUCAUUGCACUAUGUGUGUUUCUAUCAUUUCCCUUGUGUUCUGUAUGGACUUGUGGUAAUUUGAACUAGUAGCUAGUUGUAUGGAUUGCACAUGUGUGCUUCUAUCAUUUCCCUUGCGUGAUGUAUGGACUUGUGGUAAUAUGGACUACUAGCUAGUUGUAUGGAAUGCAUGUGAUGUUUAUUGGAAUGUAUGGACUUGUAUCA